AUGGAUUCCAGAUGCAUGGAAAUAGCUGCCCUGGGAAGACCUCUGUAUCCUGGCAUGUUGUAUGAUUGCCGGAGCGACUUCUUUAUUCCAGGUGUUACUUUAUGGGAUAAAAAUGUGUUGUGUGAUGACCUUGAUGUGCAUCAGAAGCCUAAAACACAUCUGGAAAUUUCAGCCUCUGAUAGUCUCAGUGAUAAGGCAAAACUCCUAGACAUAAGCGCGUCCCUUAAAGCCAGUUUCCUAAGUGGAUUGGUGGAGGUUGAAGGAUCAGCCAAGUACCUGCAAGAUACCAGAUCUUCAUCACGUCAGUGCAGAGUUACUAUGCAGUACAGCCAGACAACAACAUUUGAACAGCUCACUAUGAAGGAGCUCGGUAAUAUCACCUACCCACAAGUAUUUGACCACAAAACAGCCACUCAUGUAGUUACAGCUGUACUGUAUGGAGCUCAGGUUUUCAUGGUGUUUGAUUAUAAGAGAACAGAAAAUGAGAACAAACAGAAAAUUGAAGGAAACCUUCAUGCAGUGGUCAAGAAGAUCCCUAUAAUUUCCAUUGAGGGGCAAGCAUCCCUUAACAUGAUUGAAGAUGAAAAAAAAAAUGGCUGAGAAUAUUAGUCACAUUAUAUGGUGACAUUAAACCCCACCACAUACAAUGAUGCCCUGGAAGUGUACAAGAAGGUGCCUGAUCUGAUGGAGCAACAAGGUAAAGGUGUGCCUCUGACAGUGUGGCUGUAUCCUCUCUAUCUUUUGGAUGAUAAGGCUGCAAAGUUGGUGAGAGAAAUCAAUUUGAGCCUGUUGUGUGAAACAGAAAGUUUGUUGGAGGAAUUUGGUGAAAUGGAGAGAAUAUGCAAUGAUUUGAUCAAAAGACAAAUAACAGAUGAUUUCCCUGAUCUAAAAGACAGGUUGCUAAAGUUUCAGGCAUUACACAGAAAUUAUACAAGUUUGUUAAAGAAUGCACUAUGCAGAGUGCUGCCAGCUAUUCGUGGUGGGACACAAGAGGACAAGACACUGGGGGACAUCCUGAGCAUCCAUUACACAUCACCCUUCAAUGUAAGCAACAUGAAUAAAUGGUUAGAUAACAUUACAACUGAAUUAAAUAUUCUGAGCUCCUAUACAGUUGGGUUGAAGGACAUCACGACAAUAAAGGCUACUACUACUACUACUACUACUACUACUACUAUCACAGUUGUGAAAUCAUCAGGGUCACUCAAAUCUAUCUGCCUUCAUCCUGAUGUUGAUGUGGCGGUAUGUUUGUCAUUUACAUCUCUAAAGCAUGAUGACUCCUACCUAGCAGCUCUACAGGACUUUGUCAAAUCUGAAGGAUUUACAAUGUUGGGGCAAACAAGUGAGAGAGAUUCCAUUCUCCAAGCAGCACAGCCUUGGUUCAUUUCUCCUCACAUUCCUGCAAUCAUGAAGCAGAAUCUUUCUCUCUUUAUCUCUUUUUUAAAUGCCAAUAAAAAUGAGAAGAGAAUCAAAUUCAUCAUUGCCUCCAUAUCAGAUCCCAGCAAUCCAGGAACCUCCAUCCAACUUUAUCAGAAUGGCUCUCUGACAGAUCCUAAGUUCCAGCCUGUAUCCAAACCUCCCAAACCUGAAGUGGAGAUCAGUGAUGGGAAAGUCACCCUGAAGCUUUCAAAAUCCCCAACUGGAGAGACUGUACACUUCAGAGUUGAGUACAGGAUGACACCUUCAAAUGAUUCAGCAGCUGAUGUUGAGGAAUGGACAGUCAUAGACACAUCAAAUGCACAGAACACCUUCACAUUGACUGGACUAAAGCCAACAGAACAAUACUGGGUCCGAUACAGAGCUGUUAGUGAUGUGGGAGUGAGUGAAGCCAGCGACUCUGUCCCCUUCACCUUUCAAGGGAAGCUCACUGUCACAGUAGACCAAUGGAACUUCUCUAUACCCAAACUCACUAAUGAACUCAGGACUGAAAUAAUGACCACUAUCGGCAUGUCACGAUGGUCUCCAUCUACUAUCAAGUCAGAAGUUACAAAUAUUGUCAACAAACCUGUGAGUAACAACAUGUCAAUAUGA